ACGUGAUCCGGCCGCGGCGCAUGCCGGGAGGUCUGGCUCAGGCGGUCGCCAUUUUGGAGCGCGGUGUGUACGGUAAUGUCGACGCAACACAGGGCUUCGGACAACGAUGCCUGGGCCCUUCUGGCCCUCAAAUCGGCGCCCUCGAGCCCGUCGCGGCUCCAGUGGAACCCGGAACAGAAAGGGGCGGCCAUCGCGCGGCUCGAGGGCCGCGAGUUCGAGUACAUGAUCCGCCAGAAGCGCAUCUCCAUCGGCCGCAACAGCAGCCGCGGCGAGGUGGAUGUAAAUAUGGGCCACUCGAGCUUCAUCUCGCGCCAGCACCUCGAGAUCUUCUACGAGUGCGCGCACUUCUUCAUGGUGUGCAACGGCAAGAACGGCGUCUUCGUCGACGGCGUCUUCCAGCGCAAGGGAGCCGCGCCACUGCCGCUGCCCAAGACAUGUGUGUUCCGCUUCCCGAGCACCAACAUCAAGAUCAUGUUCCAGUCGCUGGUGGACGAGGUGGGGCCGACGAGUGGCGGUGGUGGCGCUCCUCCCCCUCCACGACUGGAGGCGGGGCCCCUGGCCGUCUCUCCGCGGCAGCCACCUCCCCCUCAGCUAGCUCCGCACCACCUGCCGCGGCCACUCGCCCCGCUCAAGAUCAACAUCCCUGAGCCUGAGUCAAGCUUCACCAGUCCCAUCCCGUCGCCCACAGGCACGCUUAGUGCGGCAAAUUCUUGUCCUGCAAGCCCCCGGUCGGGGAACCAUCGUCGUAACGUCACCUCCGACCUGCAAAUGGCCGCAGCAGCCGUGGAGAGGCACGAGGAGGUCCCCACCACGGGCUCUGGCGCGAGUGGACCAGCAUCUCAUAAUAACAGCAACUCUGUGCCUGGGAGUGGGCCAGACGGGGACCAGAAGCCGCCCUACUCGUAUGCCCAGCUGAUUGUCCAGGCCAUCUCGUCGGCACAGGACAAGCAGCUGACGCUAAGCGGCAUCUACUCAUACAUCACCAAGAACUACCCCUACUACCGGACUGCCGACAAAGGAUGGCAGAACUCAAUCCGGCACAACCUGAGCCUGAACCGGUACUUCGUCAAGGUUCCCCGGUCGCAGGAAGAGCCGGGAAAGGGUUCCUUCUGGCGCAUUGACCCCCAAUCGGAAGGCAAGCUGGUCGAGCAGGCCUUCCGUAGGCGGCGGCAACGGGGGCUGCCCUGUUUCCGGACGCCCUACUCUUCCUCCAGGUCAGCGCCGGCAUCGCCAAGCCACGGUGCACACAGCGGCCUGGCGACGCCGGACUCACUGUCACGGGAGCCCAGCCCCGUGCCGGAGGGCAUGGUCCCCGAGGGGGCGCCGAGCUCCCCAUUGCAGCCGCCGGUCGCCAUGAUGGCCAUCCCCCCCGGCCUUGCGCCCCCGCAAGCCUCGUACCUGGCGCGCGAGAUUAAGGCCAGCCAGUCAGCCCCGGGCUCACCAGGUGGUGCCCACCAGUUGGGUGGGUCCCCACUUUUGCCCGCGUUCACCAACAGCAAACCCAAGGUGCUGGUGGCCCACCAACCCUCGGUGGUCUCGAACGGUGUCCUCAAAAGCAACGGGAUGCGCAGCGACUCACCGCGGCUCGACCAAGAGCGCAGUUAUCCAAGAGGUCCGCCCGAGCUCUUCUACCAGCCGAAGCCGCUGGGGCUGUCCACCGCAGAGCAGACUCCAUCAUCUUCUGCUUCCUCCUCGCCGCCCCCUCUCCACCCGACAAGUGUCAUUGUGCAGGCGCCAUCAUCUACCUUCGCCCAGCCACCCACACCGGACUCUUCGUCAUCGCCGCCGGCAGCAGCACCUCUUCCGACGCAUCCGCGCAAGCGCCACUACGAGAUGGCCACUUCCUCUUCGUCUGCAACGCCGGCCACAUCAACACCCUCUUCCACCUCCUCCGCCGGCAGCAUCGCGGGUCGGGAUCGGGAAAGCAACUCCCCCGCCCGGCCUCCGCCAUCAAAAGUUCACCGGAGCGGUUCGGACGAGGCGGCAGCUCCAUCGUCUGCGUCUCCGCCCGUCUCCACCACGACGUCGUCUCCGACGACUGUCACGGCAUCCGCCACAGACUCUGCCUCCUCUUCUUUAUGUUAAUGGUGGCAUCACUCGUUGACUUGUUUUUUUAUUAUUAUUAUUAUUUUGCUGUGUUACCACCAUCCCCUUCUUGUUCUGCCUCCCUCUUUCCCCAUGCCGUCUUUCCUGGAUGCUGCUGUUGCUGAUCCCCAUUUUAUCUUUUCUGCCGGGCUCUUUAUCUGUUGUUGCAACCGAACUGUAGCUCCCCUAAGAAAAAAAAAAGCUUUCUUAGAGCCACAUUUUCCAUCCCACCCUCUUAUUUUACUGCUGAAUGACUGCUGUAGCGGGGAUGGUGCGUUUGCCACUUCCCUUCCACAUAGGUGUCGCCAUUUCCUCUAUUUUUCUUUUGUAAAAGCAGUCUUCUUGCGAUCCUGUCUUUUACUAGAUCAUGCUAUUUUUUAAAUCAUUGUUGUAUCUUUCUCUUCCAACAUUCUAUGAAUGUUACAGUUAUUCUGCAGUUUUUCUUUCCUGUGAAAGAUGAGGAACGAAGCUGUCAUACUAGUGGUGCCCUUGCUGCGCCAUUCCGAGAGUACGUAUGCAGAAUUCUCCCUUCUUUCCUUUUUUUUUUUUUUUUGCUCUCUUUCCCAUUCGGUUGCAUCAUUGUUUGCCACUUCUCUAUCAACCUGUCACGCACUCACCCGCACUUCAAGCUGUCAUCCACGGACACUUCAUCGCUUUCUUUGUUCCGCAUCCACUUCUGUAUCGGUGCAUUUGGUAGCAGGUGCGUGCCAGGCCCACGUUUCCUCUGCAGACCGCUAAGGCAGGCAGGGGAAGGGGGUGGCGCUUGAGGUCGUCGCCCAUCGUCGUUCUCUCUCCGUUUGUUCCGUUGCACGCUUCGCGGCACAACGCUCGCUUGCAGAAGCGACCUUGCUUGCCCUCCUCCUGCCCCGUCGUGCUUGUGUUCUCAGGGCAGAUGAUGACGAGAACUGUUCUUCUUUUACUGGCGAGCGUAGCCAACAUUGUUAGCCUUUUCGCUGCCGCACUUGUGCCUGGUGUGCGCUUGGCAUUUGCUUGGUUUCCUGUGGCAAGUGAAAGAACGGGCUGUCGGCAGAAUCUGGGUUUCUGUUUCGUCAGCUGCGAUUCGCCGACAAUGGCACUGCGAAAAGCUAGCUCGCUGCCCCCGAACCAAGAGGCUGCCUACCCCCAGCGUUUUGGGGCACACGCACAGCUGUGAGAAUUGUACAAACUCGCGGCUUCCCUGGCGAUGACUUACUUCGCGGGAACCGUGGCUCUUUCCUUUCUUUAAUUUAGGCUAAUGUAUUUUGCUGGGGUGAGUAGAGUUGGCGUUAGGAGGAUAGAUGUAGCAUGUGGGCACGUCCAGUACAGUGGCGUUGGCAGUGCGGUGAAGGGCAGUGUCUAGGCACGGCAGAGGGCCCCAGCACCGAAAAACGCAGUGUAGGGUCAAAUGAGAGAGGACGUGUGCGGCAUUGUGUACAGACGAGUUUUAGAGGAGGCUUGGUGGCAGCAAAGAGCUUGUCCGAGUAGUGUACAGUGUAUGAGAGAUGUGGGAGGCAAUUGUUGGGGAGAGGGUGCGAGUAGCUGGUCUGAUUGACAGCUAGGAAAUGAGGAGAGCACGUGCCAUUCUGGCUAGGGAGCCCCGUUUGCUCUUGGAGCGAGGGGGCACCCUCCGUAGAGCCUUUUCGAAACAGAAGGUGAUGGAGGAUGCGCAGUGUGUUCUGAGGGGAGGCUCCGUCUCGGCGGUUGUGGUGACAUGUCAGUGGGGGAAAGAUGCGGAUGAAUUCGUUCCCUGGUGCUGAGCUGUAUUUGUAUAUCAGGGCAGUGCGACAAAGGCAGCGUUGCGCUUUUUCAUCUUCCAUUGAAGUUAUCUGUUCGUUUUGGGGGGUUUCUUCAUCUUUCCUUUCCAUCUUUUUUUUUUUUUGGAAGUUCUUCAAAACACACACAGGCCUUGCUAGUCAUGCGCUCGCUGCCUUUGAAGUCGCAACUUCUGCUCCACUUUCCAAGCCAUCGCUUCUGGCCGCUCCAGUGUCAUGGGGGGCGACAACACUUGACUGAGGGCAUCUGCACAUAUCACGGCUGAUAACAGGCGAGACUGGCCUCUUUGCAGGUUUCCUGGCUUUAGCUUCGGCAUUGCAAAAGCAGGUUUCUUGCACCGCCUGAGGUGGGGACACUAGCAGAUGUGAAGAAAAAGCAGUGCUUCCUAGAUAAGCAACUUUCGUUGUCCAAACCCCCUUCCCGCUUUGUGUUGUCGGCCACAAGCGACGCGGCUUUUCCGUGACUUGGCUGUGGAUUUGGCUGGGAGCAAGCCCCCUUACUUGCACACUUCCGUCAUUACUCCCUCCUCCCAACCCGGGGCUAACUACGCUUUGAUGGCAGCAAUGGUUAAGAGAUUUGUUGUUGCCUCCCGGCCACUGUUUUUGUGCCAGCAGAAGAGUGUGUUUAGAGAACCUCGUGAGAGAGCUUCUUCCGUGAUUUGUUCUGUCGCUCAUGAGCAAGCUGUUACGAAUUUUCAUGACGCGAGAGAGAUGCAGAGAGUGUAGUUUGGCUUUGGACCAUCUAAGUGGUCGGGGGACAAUUUUUUUUUUCUCUCAUUUUUAUUAUUUGUUGCUUGGCAUGGCGAAGGCUGUUGGUUGAUGGGUGUACAUAGACUCGCGUACAGAGAAUCGUUGUUGCAUGCCAGUUGGUCUAUUUUUAAGAGAGAAGAUGGAUUAAAGAAGAGGACAAGAGUCGUGUAUGAAGCGUGUAGUGCUUGUUGCAUAGUACAGAAAGGAUUGUAUCGUAUUGCUUAAUCUUGCUCUUUGUUUCCUGUCUGUGUGCUGUUCAUUACCUUCACCCCCCUUUCCCCUCUAUCACUUCCAUCAUCACAUCGUAACAUAACACUGGACAACUUCUUUUUCUUUCUCUCUUUCUCCUUCACACUUUGGCCGUUGCAGUCCACGUGGUGAUAGGACGUUGUAGGAACAUUUAAGCAAAUUGUUUGUACAUAGAAAUAUUGAAUAGACAUGGCUGUUCGCCUCCCUAAACGAGCCUGACCUCAGGCUCGAGCCAGGAAACAGAGGCUACACCGUCAAAGAGCAGCUCGUUUGUUGCAUUGUUUUUUUUUUCUUUCCUUUUUCUCUUUUUCGUUGCUCCUAAUGACAGCAGAGUCGUCAUCAUGGUGAAGAUUAAAGCGAACACCUUCACUACAAUCGUAGCUGUUUUUUUCUUUCCCCCCUCUGUAUUUUGACAAGAGCAUUCGUUGGAUUUCUUUGCUUACUUCUUCGCUUGGCUCUAGCUGAGUGAUGGAAAGCAUAUAGGCUGGCUUUAGGAACUUGCCUCUUCUGCUUGAUACAUUCUUUUUCGUUGUAGAUAGUUUGUUUAUUAACAGAUCUUAAUGCCUAUAUAAGGGUGGGGAGCUACUGGUCAUGAUAGCACCAAAGAAUCGUUCCUCGGGGAAAAAAAGAAAGUUGUUAGAAAAAGACAUGGUUAAAGCAUCCGUGUUUUUAGUUUCCCCUGUGAAAUGGUUAUCAUUCCACCCUUGUCAGCGCAAGAUGGCCGGCCGUGAUGCUCCUUGGGGGCGUUCACGGACAGUGUAGUAGACAAUUGCAGUAACCUGUCGUUAUCACUUUGCAGCCUCCGACGGGCUCUAUUAAUUAAAAGGUUUCCGAUGAAUUUCUUCUCUCCCUUCUUGCCAUGUUUGUCUUAGUAAUUCAAUUGAAGCGACUGUUCUCCCAAGUCUAGCAAGACUCUUGCUUUGCUGUUGCUGAAAUGUUCUACCACGCAACACAUAACAUCGUCACAACAUGACUGUUCGUUUUUUUUUUCCUUCUUUAUUUUUCAUGUGGUCAGUGCUCCACGUAUUCUUAGAGCUUUCUUUAUUUUAUUUUAGUUUAGUUUUUUUUUUUUCUCGCAAUAAAAUUCGCACUUGGACGUUUCUUGUAGAGGUCAUCUUGUGACCAGAGGAAUGUUUUUUGCGCGAGAGCCGAGUUAGGCACUUCUCGUCUCACUUUAUUUUUCUGGUGUUUCCGUGUUUUCUUUUUCCGAUGAACCUUGUCCCAUGUUCCCCUAUCCUUGCAUCUCUUUGAAAGAAGAAAAGAAAAAAAGACGUGUCACCAGAACAAAACACCUGAAAAACAAAACAAGGCAACACCUUUUAAAUAAAUUUAUUCUUUGUUGACA